AUUUUUCUGCCAAGAUCUUUAAUAUGUCUGUGACGUUUAACGAAGCUAAUACAACCUGCUCCAACACAUCUGCCUACCUUGCAGACGAUAACAACUUUGAAAAAUUAUUCAAGGACUGUAACAACACGAUGUUGUUUCAAGCAGGGAGGAAACAGCCCGAAGUUCCUGGAGAUGGGUGUGAAACAGUAAGGAUGAUGGAUGGUGUUGUACAGCGUAAUGGACCUUCAGUAUGUUCUACCAUGUUACCUUUCGUCUGCAUUAGUAAAGAGUCUACGACUGCCGACAACCCAUGCAGAAUCGUCAACAACCAAAAUAUGCCUGGUGCUAAAGAACCAGAGGAGGACGAUGGCGGUAUCUCAUUUUGGUGGAUCAUACUAGCGGCUGUGCUUUUGGUCAUCCUCGUGGUCAUCGUCAUAUGUAUUGUAAGGAAACGAAGGACGCCCAACAAAAUACCAGAGGAAGGCAACGCUACAUUCAACAAUAAAACGUAUUACGAUUCUGUGAGAUCUCACCACGAACACCCCAGUCACGCGGGCAACAGUCAGGCACGGAAAGAUGGUGAGUAUGGAGUUCUUGGUCAGAAGCCGAGUCCGUCACCAGAUGACGAUAUGUACGCCCAUACUCGCCAACAUCAGCAGGAAGGCGAGUACGAUAUAUUUGCGAAGCCGGUCAAUGACGCAGCUGGGAUAUACGAUCAUACUCAUAACAUUAGACAAUUAGAGGGUGGUGAGUACGGGGAACUUGGAAGGCGUGCACAGGAGGUUGGAGAGGACGACAUGUACUCACAUACCAAACACUCUAAAACUGAAGGCGAGUACGACAGCUUUAGUAAUACAGCCGUAAACAACGACGCGGGGGGUAUAUACGAUCGUACUCACAAUGUGCUGAUGGAGAGCGCGUACGACGAGUUUACAGGGGAUAAAGGAAACUCAGCUGUGGAAGGACUUUACGAUCACACGUGAUGAUGUGAUGUGGCAUUCUUUUAUGUCAUUCCCCGACAUACAUAGAGGAUAUAUAGAGGUUAAACAACAAGUGGUUGUUCUAUAUGUUCUAUAUUCACUCGAGAGAGUUAUUUUUCAAAAGUUACAAAAAAAGUGUUUAAAUGUUAGCCAUUCAAAACACAUUGAACCACGCAAUCAAAAAAUAUUUUGGUCAAAGGUUACCGUGUCAACCAAGCAAAACCCAUUUAGAGUUUAGAUAUUCCACCAGUGAUAUAUUGUAUCUUUAAGGGACUAUAAGAACAGUCAUUAUUGAUGAAAUAAAAUUAUUCCUGGGGAAAUAUGCUGAUAAAUAUAUCAUUAGUUAACCAUUUGCCUUACUACAGAUAGUGCUACAGUAGUAGCUUUUUUUGGAGAACCAGGUCUCGCAAACUUUGUGCCCUCACGAUCAGGAUUCUUCUUCUAUGUCAGGAUAUGGGUCUGUCCCUCUCAGUGAGGCAUCUUCCAGGGCACCUGAAUGCUUUAGCAGACACGCUAUCCAGGUCUCGGAGUCAAGUAAUCGCGGAAUGGACACUGAAAAGGUCUAUAUUCAGGGCCAUCUGUAUGGUUCAGACUCCUCAGGUAGAUCUGUUUGCCACAGUUCUGAGUUUCCAAAUUCAGACGUUUGUGUCUCCAGUUCCGGAUCCUUUGGCUUGGGGAGCUAGAUCACUUAGACAGGGAAUUUCACAAGGUCAGGAAUCACGAUUGCUUUGUUCUCCUGAUAACAUCUCCGUGACCCAGACAGCCUUGGUUUCCGGCUCUGCUGGUUUUGCUGGUAGAUCUUCCCUUGGCCAAACCGCCCAGGUGAAAUCUUCUCAGCCAACCCAAGUCCAGGCAGUUUCAUCCCAAUCCAUCCCAAUCCGGAUCGCCUAUACCUUCGCGCGUGGAGGCUAUCUCGGUCUGCCUCUUGCAGUCAGGUUUUUCUGCAGAGGUUACCGAUGGCAUCUCAAGAUCAAUUCGAUCUUCCUCAUCUGCCAUCCAUGAGUCCAGAUGGUCAAACUUCUGCAGCUAGUGUAACAGCAGGAAGAUUGAUCUACUCUGUGCAUCCUUUACCUUUUUAAGGUUAAGGAACUAUCUCCUAGCACUAUUGGGGACUAUCGUUCAGCAUUAGCCAAUGUCUAUUCAUUUCGGCGUCGUUCAGAGCUUGGAACAUGCCCCACCUUCUCCAAUCUCCUCAAGUCUUUCUUAUGAGCCUCUGGCUUUUGUUUCUGUUAAGUUCUCUUGCCGGAAGACAGUAUUUCUUGUUGAUUUGGCUUAGGUAGACGGAGAAGUGAAAUUCAUGCUCUUUCUUCUUUUCCUUCGUGUCUCUGGUGGUCUCGGGACUAUUCUUUAGUGACCCCUCUGACAGUUUUUCGACGGAUUCUCAUAAGAUUCCGGCCAUAAAGGAUUUCUCUGGUCCAGAUGACAAUGAUCUGUUACUUUGUCCUGGUAUGGCUUUGAUAAAACUAAGGGGCGUCCUAAACCUCGUCUGUUCUUGCCCAUCAAGCCAAAGCAGUCUGACAUAUCGUCUCGGAUUAUUUCCAGAUGGAUCUCUGACACUAUCAAGAAAGCUAAUUAGGGGUCUAGUGCUGAGACACGUGAUAGUGUUCAGGUUAGGGCACAUUAGAUAGCUAUAGGGGGUUGUCUGCCUCUGGGGCCCUUCUCAAUGGCUCCUCAUUUGAUGAGGUCAUUGCAUCCGCCUUUUGGCGAGGCCGCAACACUUUCGCGGAUUUCUAUCUGCGUUCGCCUUCCUCCCAUGCAGAUGGUUUGUAUUAUCUGCCGGGGUCCUGUUGUCGCUACUCACUCAGUCACCUGUCCCCUAGUCGAUCCGUAGGGAGGUUCCAUUACGGCUUGUAUAUAUAGAGUUUUUAUUGUAAAUAUCCUGGACCCUUCGGGGUUUUUUAAUUGACGUUUUCGCUGCUGUUUUUUUCAAAGCGGUCUUUGUCCUCGGAGACUCCUCUACGUUAAGACAAAUUUGCUAUUGUCUAUAUGGUGGUGAGCUAUUAUUGAAAUAUAAACGGAACUAGAACUGGUUCCGCGUUCCUUUUAAGUAAAGCGGAACUAGGAGCCAGUUCCGUUUAAGAAAAGCGGAACUAGGAACCAACUUCCAUAAAGAAAAUAUUCUACGUACUUUAUCUCAAUAUGAGACCCGAGGCUGAAAAAGAAAUAAUGUAUAUGUCAAUGAGUGCAAAGGCAGUUAUUAGUCAGGUAUAAACUUUACAAGACUUGGUCCUAGUUCCCAGUUCCGUUUAAGAUAAAUGGAACUAGAAGCCAGUUCCAAGUUCCGUUUUUCUAAACGAAACUCGGAACUGGUUCCUAGUUCCGUUUUACUUAAACGGAACUCGGAACUCGGAACCAACUUCAGCCUCCCAUUUAGUCCACAACGUGUACAUGUAUGUUAUAUACCCGAUGCAAUGAAAAAUGCAGUCGCCUAAUUGUGUAUCGCACGAAAUCGCAACGCAACUGGUUGGUAGAGGCGUAGCACGUGGAUUUCCAUCGGGUGCAAAUAAUGAAUUUUCCACUUAAGACUUAAAAGAUCCAAUUAGAAGCUCAAACUUUUGGAGGGUGGUAAUAGUAAUUAACGUGGAGUCUCGUAUAUACAUACACUACAGCCCAUGCUUUCAUGUGGUCGUUAUCUUGGUAUUGUACAUAACAAACCUGUUAUAUUUUCUUUUAGUUUAUGUUAACAUCAGUGUUGCUUUUUGAUAUAAUCUAGAUAUGUCCAACUUAACAUCAAAUCGAUAUAAUUUCUGUCGAUUUUAUUCUAGGCUAGGUUGGAAGCACUGAUUUAAAUAUUAAAAUUCUACAUCAUAUUCAAAUUACCGGUAUAUUGUAUAGGUUGUAUAUAUAAUAUACAAAUGUGUGUCACACUGUCAUGUCUAUAUGUACUUUGUUUCCUACUGUUAUUUACGUGACAUCCGUCCUCAUUUGUCCGUUAAUACUUCAAAAUAAACGAACGUCCUGACAGUCAUGAUGACUGGGUGUACUGGUUGGGAACAUAUUCCAUCAUAUAUAUGUUCUUGCAAGUGUUGACAUUAGUGUCCACACUAUCAUAAUAAAUACCAACAAGAUUAUACCUAUGUUGUUUCCUUAAACACUGAAACUAAUUUGUGAAGCUUGAAAACAAAUGAUUGUAGGCCCAUAUAAACAUAUAAACGUAUGGCAACUGAUGUCACAUGGCAUCUUGGACUAUUUCUAAAAUUAACUGUGUAUAUAUGUCAUUAUGUGUGUACGUGCGUGCGUGUGUAUGUGUUUACCAUGUGUGUAUGAAAUGUUUACCACAUGUAUGUUUUGUUUACCACGUGUGUAUAUAAUGUUUACCACGUGUGUAUAUAAUGUUUACCAAGUGUGUAUAUAAUGUUUACCACGUGUGUAUAUGAUGUUUGCCACGUGUGUAUAUAAUGUGUACCACGUGUGUAUAUAAUGUUUACCACGUGUGUAUAUAAUGUUUACCACGUGUGUAUAAUGUUUACCA